AACAGAACAAAGCAGAGGAAGAGCAGCGGUUUGUUUGUUUACAUCGGUGAAGCUAAUGCUAAUGACGCAGCUAUAGUUCCAGCUACAGCGGCUGCCUCGCUCUACCUGUCGCCUGAAAGCUGGACACUGUAGCGGUCUGUGUCUCCUGUUCCGGUUUGUCCAGCGGUUGUGAAUAAAGUGCGGAGGAUUACAGCAGCCAUGGCUCAGCAGAGAGGAGUCAACAGCCUCCAGUUCAACCAGGACCAAAGCUGUUUCUGCUGUGCGAUGGAGACGGGGGUGAAAAUCUACAACGUGGAGCCACUGAUGGAGAAGGGCCACCUGGACCAUGAGCAGGUGGGCAGCGUGGCGCUGUGCUCCAUGCUGCAUCGCUCCAACCUGCUGGCCUUGGUUGGAGGAGGAGUCAAUCCCAGAUUCUCUGAAAUCUCCGUUCUGAUCUGGGACGAUGCUCGAGAGUCCAGAGACCCCAAGGAUAAGCUGGUGCUGGAGUUCACCUUCACCAAACCGGUUCUGGCCGUUCGCAUGAGGCACGACAAGAUCAUCAUCGUGUUGAAGAACAAGAUCUUCGUUUACAGUUUCCCAGACAAUCCCGUCAAGCUUUUUGAAUUCGACACCAGAGACAACCCUAAAGGUAUCUGUGAUCUGUGUCCCAGUCUGGAGAAACAGCUGUUGGUAUUCCCAGGUCACAAAUGCGGCAGCUUGCAGCUGGUUGACUUGUCCAACACCAAGCCCGGCACGUCGUCGGCGCCGUUUACCAUCAACGCCCACCAGAGCGAGAUCGCCUGCGUGGCGCUGAACCAGCCAGGCAGCGUUGCGGCGUCGGCGUCCCGCAAAGGAACCCUGAUCCGACUGUUCGACACCACAACCAGAGACAAGCUGGUGGAGCUGCGUAGAGGCACCGACCCGGCCACGCUCUACUGCAUCAACUUCAGCCACGACUCGUCCUUCCUGUGUGCCUCCAGCGACAAAGGCACCGUCCACAUCUUUGCUCUGAAGGACACCAAACUCAACCGACGCUCGGCCCUGGCCCGUGUCGGGAAGGUGGGCCCUGUGAUUGGUCAGUACGUGGACAGCCAGUGGUCGCUGGCCAGCUUCACCGUGCCUGCUGAGUGCGCCUGCAUAUGCGCUUUUGGAAAAAACACGUCCAAGAACGUGAACUCGGUCAUCGCCAUCUGUGUAGAUGGGACCUUCCACAAGUACGUCUUCACACCGGAUGGAAACUGCAAUCGAGAAGCCUUCGACGUGUACCUGGACAUCUGUGAUGACGAUGACUUCUGAGAGGAAGGCAGAGGGACGAGGCUGACCUGUAGAGACCGCUGUGGUCUGGAGAUGGAAAAGAUCACCGCACACCAACCAACUCAGCUGCAGCCUGUUUUAUCAAGAGCCGCGUUUUAAUCAGUUGUAUUUACAGUGUGCAGCCCAGUCGGUCAAAUGCAGCCCAACUUACCUGGAUGAUGAGUAACACAUAACUAAUGUACAGGAUUUAUGGAAGCCGACAGUGGAGUCUGUCUAAAAUUAGAAAUGUUUUAUAAAAACUCUGUUUCUUUUAUUGUAAGUAAUAAAUAGACCUUUUCUUUA